GAAUUAUUCUCUCACAGAAUUUUAAUCGAUGACACUAGCACUCUCUUCCCUCCGCAAUCAUUUCUUCAAACACCUAACACUCUGCAAUUCCGCCACCACUUUCUCCUCUUUUCGCCGCCAUAUCCAUCGCCUUCCUCCGCCGUCCCGCUCCGCCUACUUCCCUUCGACCAAAUCGGCGCAGCAGAAACAACUGCCGAGGCGCAACAUCUCCGCGGCUGUCAAUUAUUCUACCACACCACCAUUGAGCAGCGGCGCCGCCAUUGCCGACGAUUCACUCACUGCACCGUACCUUUCGGUUCGCAUUUGCUGCCCGAGACAUGUUUCCGGUGUGCUCUCGGAAUCUCUUAUGUGUUUUGGAGCUAGUUCCACCACCAUUGACGAGCAAGAUAUCUACGACCCCGAUGAAGAGAUAUGGAUAAGCUCUAUAUUCAGUGUUGACCAGGAUGUGAAAGAUUGCAUUUCACUAGCUGCAGAUUCAGUUGGAUUGACAGAGAUGCCUAAUUACAAAAUCGAAAUGCAUGACCACACUGAUUGGAUUACACUAACUCAGGAAUCAUUUCAUCCAGUUGAAAUUACAGAGGGGCUUUGGAUUGUGCCUGAAUGGAGAAAAACCCCGGAUCUUCAAGCAACCAACAUAAUUCUUAAUCCUGGUUUGGCAUUUGGAACAGGGGAGCAUCCUACUACAAAAUUGUGUCUAUUGCUUCUGCGUCGAUUAAUAAAAGGAGGAGAAUACUUUCUGGACUACGGUACAGGCUCAGGUGUUCUUGCAAUUGCAGCACUGAAGUUCGGAGCGGAACUUUCAGUUGGAGUUGACAUAGAGCCACAGGCAAUUACAUCGGCACGAUACAAUGCUGCUCUGAACAACAUAGAUCCAGAGAAAUUACAGCUAAGUCUUUUUCCUAGCAAGAACGGCCCUGAUUUUGAUAGUGAAUUCCCACCCAAGGAUAUCGACAGUCGGGAUUUGUACAACCGAAAGAUCAUUGGGGAGAGAAACAAGUACGAUGUGGUUGUGGCUAAUAUAUUGCUGCAUCCACUGCUGGAUUUGGCUGACGGAAUUGUCUCGUAUGGCAAGCCCGGUGCUAUCAUUGGCAUUUCUGGAAUCUUAUCUGAGCAGGUUCCAUCUGUAAUGAAACGUUAUUCCGAGUUCCUUGAGGACAUCAACGUAUCGAUGAUGGAUGAUUGGGCUUGCAUAAGUGGUUCUAAGAAAUCAAAACCAAGUUCCAGUUAAGACUAUCUUUUUAUGUCAUUGUAACCUUAAAACGGGUUUGUACCUCGUUUCCGUAUUGGCAAGAGCUUUUUUCCGUAUUUGUAAGAGUGAUGCAUGAAUGUAAUACAAAAUGAAGUUCAUAUUCUUCUUGAAGUUGUGUAUUAAAACCUGAUUUUGGUUAUGCACCGCAUAUUAUGAUGAAGUUCUAUGUUCAUUCUGA